AUGUGUCACCUACAGCUGAGGACAGUGGUUUUUGUAGCGUGGGUGUUGGCUUACGUCGCCUUCCUGCAUUCCAUCAGGAGGAUGUGGAGCGGGAGGUACGUGCGCAGUCCGCUCGUCCGAUCACUCUUUUUGAACAUGGUGAGCGACAGCGAGGGGGCGGCCGUGGCGGAGACACAUGAGUGGUACCGGUGCAAUCCGGACCUGCUAGGAGAAUCGGUGCAACCUCUGUUCCUCCAGAGCCACUUGGACUCAGGCACUAAGGCGUUUCUCAAACAAAGCAUGGAGAAAUCUGGCUGGAUGUUCACUCAACUCUACCACUCUUUAGUAUCAACCGUCCUCAGCCCUAUGGUCUCACGCACCUCCAUUAAUGGGUUUUUGGGUCGUGGCUCUAUGUUUGUGUUUUCCGCGGAUCAGUUCCGCCGGCUGCUCCAUAUUGGUCCGGAGUGGAGGGCCGAGAGACUCCUGGAUCUAGGAGCCGGGGAUGGAGGCGUCACAGAGGUGAUGGGAGCCCAUUUCAGAGAGGUCUAUGCCACUGAAGUGUCGCUACCCAUGAAAUGGCAUCUGCAGAGGAAGAAUUACAAAGUGCUGGGUAUAGAUGAGUGGCAGCAGCCUGGUUUCCAGUACGACGUAAUCAGCUGUCUCAACCUGUUGGACCGUUGUGACGAUCCUCUACAUCUACUACGGGACAUCAAGCGGUCGCUCGUUCCUAACACAGGAAGACUCAUCCUGGCUGCGGUGCUUCCCUUCCAGCCUUACGUAGAAGUCGGAGGGAGAUGGCAGCGUCCCAAAGAACACCUGAAAGUGAAAGGAAAAUUGUGGGAGGAACAAGUGACCAACUUGUCCAAUGAGGUUUUUCGAAGGGUAGGGUUUGAGGUGGAGGCUGUGACUCGGUUGCCAUACCUCUGUGAAGGGGACAUGUAUAACGAUUACUACGUUCUCGACGAUGCUGUUUUCGUACUCAAGGCCUCAGACAUCAGUGAAGAUUCUGAUCAUUGAGUAAGAAAUCCCCUCCGGGACUGUCGGACACCCUUACUUUGCUAACGUAACUUUAUCAUGAUCGGUAGGUAGGUAGCUCCAGGGUGGGGUUUUGGUGCAAUUUUCAUAAGCUUCAUCCAUAAAAACACAGUAUUUGUGACUUGUUUUAGAAUGAGGUGGGGUCAGGUGUGAAGCUCAGGUACUGUGGUUCCUACAUUUACCAGCCAUGUCGUGUGACGGUGAUACCUCUACUCUUUUAAGCAAAAAAUAACUGAAGGCAGUGUGCCUCUGUUGAAAUACUGCUGAUCAAGUCUUCUAAAACAUACAUGUUGUAGAUGUUCGUGCCUGUAAAGCCUGUUACCUGUGGCAAGUGUUUACUGUAGGUGUUUUCAUCAUUAUUUACUGUCGAUGGGGAAGAAUCAUGGUGGAAUCUUUGUUGAAAUUGAACGUUGAUUAUUUCUGCAUCUCAUGCCAAUGACCGGUUUAUACAUACCUGCUGAUUUAACCAAUCUGAAUCGGAUUGGGUUCCUUAUAUUUUAAUGGUAUUGUUUUUUUACUUGGGGCGGGGGAGGGGCGGGGAGGUAAUAUGAGGCCUUUUUAAAGCGAGUGCAUGAAACUUUAGUUGAAGAUUGCCACUGAAGCCACAAGUGAUAAUGGCAGGAUGAAAGUUAAAGCUUGUAUUCAUUGAUUUGAGGUUUUUGGCCAACAUAACUAGCAA